AUGGACAACGUCGCGGAUAAUGAGAUGCUCGUCGACGAAUACGAGCAAUAUCACAAUGACAGGACCGAUGAUGUCGUGGUCUCUCGAUCUGGUUCGGAGGAACCGGAGCCAGAGCCUCUCGCAAACGACUUUCCUGCCAUGAUGGCACGUGUCCUUCCGAAGGACCCUGACUUGGAGACCGAAGCCGAGGCGUGGCAUACAUGGCAUAUACAGGAUUGGCGGAAAAUGAAACGGAAGGAACAUGGGCCGACGUUCGAAUGCGGUGGUUUUCCUUGGCGCGUUCUCUUUUUCCCCUAUGGCAACCACGUCGAACACGCAUCCUUCUAUUUGGAACAUGCCUGGGAGAACGAGCCUCCGGAAAACUGGUAUGCGUGCGUACAGUUUGCUCUGGUCUUGUGGAACGUAAACGAUCCCUCCAUUAAGGUCUCUCAUGUCGCCACCCACCGUUUUAAUGCAGACGAAGGAGAUUGGGGCUUUACCAGAUUCUGCGAGUUGCGGAGACUUUUCAACAUGCAGUGGGAAGGCCAUACGGCUCCCUUAGUGCAGAAUGACGAAGCAAACAUCACGGCCUACGUUCGCGUGGUGAAGGACCCCACGGGCGUCUUGUGGCAUAGUUUCCAGAACUACGAUUCCAAGAAGGAGACCGGCAUGGUCGGAUUGAAAAACCAAGGUGCAACAUGCUACCUCAACUCCCUCCUCCAGUCGCUUUACUUCACCAACGCUUUCCGGAAGGCAGUGUAUCAAAUUCCGACUGAGGAGGAUGCCAAGAAAGACAACAGCGCUUGGACGCUGCAGAGACUCUUCUAUAACCUGCAAACUAGCGAAAGCCCUGUUUCAACCACGGAGCUAACGGCAUCAUUCGGCUGGGAAUCGCGGCAGAUAUUCGAACAGCAGGAUGUUCAGGAACUCUCUCGGAAACUGAUGGAACGGUUGGAAGAAAAAAUGAAAGGCACCCCGGCUGAAAAAGCGCUUCCUGACCUGUUCGUUGGGAAAUCGAAAACCUACAUCUCGUGCAUCAACGUGGAUUACGAAUCGUCUCGCAUCGAAGAUUUCUGGGACAUCCAGCUCAAUGUGCGCGGCAACAAGACGCUGGACGAUAGCUUCAAGGAUUACAUCCAGGUGGAGACCCUGGAAGGAGAGAACAAGUACGACGCUGGCCAGCCGUAUGGACUUCAAGACGCCAAAAAAGGCGAGAUCUUUGAGAGCUUCCCACCAGUCCUGCAUCUGCACCUCAAGCGUUUCGAAUAUGACAUCAACCGCGAUGCGAUGAUGAAGAUUAAUGACCGGCAUGCUUUCCCCAUGGAGUUCGACGCUACCCCCUACCUUUCGAAUGACGCCGACAAGUCGGAGCCUUGGAUCUAUCAACUACACGGAGUGCUUGUGCACAGCGGGGACUUGAAUGCAGGCCACUACUAUGCCUUCUUGAAGCCCACAAAGGAUGGAUUCUGGUAUAAGUUCGAUGACGACCGUGUGACUCGCGCUACGGAUAAGGAAGUCCUUGAGGAGAACUAUGGUGGUGAAUAUGAGCUGGCAAACGGUGCCCCUGGGGUUCGACAACCAUACACACGUGGCUUGUCCACGAAGCGCUCGAUGAACGCUUACAUGUUGGUUUACAUUCGGAAGUCGAGGCUGGAUGAUGUCCUCCUUCCCAUAACCAAAGACGAUAUACCCUCUCAUAUUGAAACCAGACUAGUUGAAGAACGCGCGGAAUUGGCGCGCCGCAAGAAGGAGAGGGAAGAGGCACACUUGUACAUUAAUGUUGGCGUGCUGACGGAGGAGUCUUUCCGAUCUCACCAUGGGUUCGAUCUAACCAGUGCCGAUCUGCCAUCGGGUGAUCCGGCCCUCCCGCAACAAUACCGGAUCCUCAAAACCACCAAGGUCGGUGAGUUCGCACAACAACUUGCGGAGGAAAAGGGUAUCGACGCCAGCCGGGUUCGAUUCUGGGUGAUGGUCAAUCGUCAGAAUAAGACAACGCGCCCAGACCAGGUCAUCAAGGACCCAGAAAUGACCGUUGAAGAAGCCUACUCGAGGUUUGGCACAAAAGGAAACCCCUUCAAGGUCUUCAUGGAAGUCGGCGAACCGUCUGCGGAUGGCACGGUUUCGUGGCCAGACAGCUCCAAUACGGUCCUUGUUUUCCUGAAGCAUUUCGAUGUGCCGUCGCAAAAGUUGACGGGCGUUGGCCCCGUGUAUGUUCGCAACAACCAGAAGGUUGGUGAGCUUGGGCCAACGAUCCUUGAAAAGAUGGACUGGCCCGUCGGUACAGAGUUCAUGUUGUUCGAGGAGAUCAAACAUACCAUGAUCGACCUCAUGAAGCCUAAGCAGACCUUCCAACAGUCUGAGAUCCAGGAUGGUGAUAUUAUCACGUUCCAGAGAGUGGUCAAAGAUACGGAGCUGCCUGAGUCUGCCUUGUACCAGGAUGCGAGACAGUACUACGACUACCUUUUGAACCGGAUCAACAUCACGUUUGCCCCUCUUAAGGCAGCCGACGGUGAGGAGUUUAACUUGACCCUCAGUCGCAAGAUGACAUACGACCAAUUUUCCAAGAAGGUUGGAGAACACUUGAACGUUGACUACACACAUCUGCGCUUCGCUCCCGUUCACGCAAGCACAGGGAAGGCAAAGCAGUUCAUCAAGCGGAACCCUACCCAGGCGAACCAGACCCUUUAUCAAAUACUCAGCGGGCAAAUGACCGGCUAUGGGUACAACAUGAAUCGUCAAGACGCGCUGUACUAUGAGGUCUUGGAGACGAGCUUGAGUGAUUACGAGUCAAAAACAUGCCUCAAGGUGACCUGGCUGCCCGAGGGCAUUACGAAAGAGCAAGUUGUUGAGGUUUUGGUGCCUCGGGAUGGCACAAUCGCGGACCUUCUUUCUGGUUUGCAGAAGAAAGCGAACAUCGACGAUGACACUAUUCGCGAUGUCCGCAUCUAUGAAACGCACGCCGGCAAGAUAUACAAGGAAUUCCAACCAGACUUCAAGAUUGCGGGUAUUAAUGAGUUCGUUACAUUAUAUGCCGAGAGAAUGCCAGAAGAUGAAGUCAAUAUGGCAGAGGGCGAACGAACAAUCAACGCCUACAAUUUUGAUCGGGAGCCCAGCAGACCGCAUGGUGUUCCCUUCAAGUUUGUCAUGAAGCCUGGUGAGAUUUUCAAGGAAACGAAAGAGCGCCUGUCGAAGCGGACUGGCAUCAAGGGCAAGCAGUUUGAGAAGAUCAAGUUUGCCGUUGUUCCUCGGUCUUUGUACGCCAACCCACGAUACCUCGAAGACGAUGAUAUUCUCUCUGAUAUCGUUGGCGAUGCCGACGAUCUCCUUGGUCUCGACCAUGUAAAUAAGAGUCGGAGCUUUUGGAACCGCAGUGAAUCGUUUUUCAUCCGAUAG